UUUUUUAAGAAUGACAUUAUUUUGAAAGCAGGGUUAUAGUUUCUUUAACUUAAUGUAAGAAAAGAGCCAAUGUAUCGCCAUAUUGCACAUUAUAUAGUUAUACGUUGCCUCAGUUUAUUAGCCUCAGGUUCAGGGCAUUAUAGCACUCCUAUUGACGGUUCUGAUAUAUGCUGGGUGUGCUAACUGCGUUAGAACCGUCAAUAGGAUUGCUAACGCUUGAUAAAGACAAAAUUAUAACAGACAAAAAGAAUAAGAGCAAGACAGAUUUUGGGCAUUCACUGCAGCAUGUUGCUGAACAUCUUGUGGCUGGUGUUACUGGCCAGUGGCUGUCUAUCUCUAGAAGACUGGUUGAUCAAAGACAUUAACAUCCAAACCACUGUGACGAAAACUGAAUAUGGAACAUAUCUGAUGAGCAAUGGCCUGAUCAGCAGAGAAUUCUCACUCUACCCAGAUUUUGCCACUAUUGAUUUUCAAGACCAUCACAGCACUCAGAGCUCUAUUCUACGUGCCAUCAAACCAGAGGCUGUCAUUAUGAUUGAUGGAAUUCAGUACAAUAUAGGUGGUUUUCUAACCAACACUCCAACAGCCUACCUCAACCGCACUGCCUUGGGUUCAGACAUGAGAGUAGAUCCUAAAGCUUUCCAUUUCCAUGGCACCACAAUUCUGGAACCACAAGCACCAUAUCCGUACAAACCUAGGAGGGGGGCGCCACAAAACAUCCAUUGGCCGCCAAUCGGGAUGAGGAUGGAUGUAGAGUUUAAACCCCCAUUUGAUGCUCCUUAUUAUCAUCAGCUGGUGACCGUAACUGUUCAUUAUGAAAUGUAUGAUGGAAUUCCCUUGCUGGUGAAAUGGCUUAGUGUGAGUGCAUCUGGUGAAGCCGUGGGGAAGGUUGCAGUCACCAUUUUGUCUGUGGAGUAUCUGGCAGUGAAUCAACCCUGGGCCCCCAGCUCCAUGGGAUGGCUGCUAGUGGAAUCCAAUGAACCACAUGGCACUGUGGUGUCCUGGACACUUGAUCCACACACAAAUGACAUGCCAGGUUCCUUCCAGCCCAAUGUCAACUGCUCAUACCAGGUGUACAAUGACCUAGACCUGAAGCCAUCAGUUGACUCUUUCCGUGUCCAUGAACUCGUGGUUGGGUCAUCUGACCCAGAGCGCCAUUCACUUUCACACCAUCGCAUGUUCCGACUUCUUGCUCCACAGACUCAGGAAAACCCAAUUUUCUUCCAUAUGACCAAUAGUAGUUCAGUGGCUGUGAAGAAAUUAAUAGAUCAACUUUCAGAGGUUGGCUUUGAAAUGAUGAUUUACAGCUUUGGCUCAGGAUUGAACUUGGAAUCCACAAACAGUUCUUAUAUAGACAUGAUAGCAAACGACACAGCUUAUGCCCUGAGUAAGGGAAUAGAGGUGGGUGGGUAUGACUUGAUAUCCCUAUCAAGACAAGUACAGGCAGACUGGAUGGCAAUUGAUGUCCAUGGACAUUCAAUAGGAAGUGCCUGUUUUGCCUCGGGAUGGCAUGAUAAUAUCAAGACCAAGUUGUUUUCCUUUUUAAAGAGGACGGGGAUGUCGAUGCUGGAGACAGAUGGGCCGUACGGGGGUUAUCAGUGUGCUUCAACGAAUCAUUCCCACCAUGAUGAUAUAACAGACUCCAUCUAUGAACAGAACAGACUGCAAGGGGAAUUUUAUAGAGAUCUUAGAAGUUUAGAGGUGUACAUCAACCAACCAGAUACUUACUUUUAUCAGGGGGGGAACAAGGACGGGAUGGGAUACAAUGAGAACCAGUACUCCCUCCCCCGGUGGCAGGACUUGAGUAUCAGUCGACAAGGAAUGUAUGAUGAUUUGUACCGUCUGAUUCCCUCCGCUGGUUGGAUGUUUGUCCCACUGGUUCAGUACCAUGCUGGUGGUGGCCCAGCAGAGUUUGAGCCACUGUCCAAACACCUGUUAGAGUAUGAGUGGGCCUUUGCACAGUACUUGGGGGCUGGGGUUGCUGCAUGCUAUAGGGGGUUUGAACUGUAUGACAGCUAUGAGUCUAAGGCCAUUGUGAUGAAGUGGGUGAGCUUUUAUAAGAAAUACAGGGAUAUAGUCACUAGUGAUGUAGUUCAUGUUCGCAGAGCUGACAUGCAGAGUUAUGACAGUUUCAUGCAUGUUAAUCCACACUUGAAAAAUAAGGGUCUUGCAAUGGUUUUCAACCCAACCUUCAAGACAGUUGUAACAAAUCUGAAAUUGCCACUGUACUACACUGGGCUCAACAGCACAGCCCUGAUCAGGGAACAAGAAGGACCUGCUCGAAAGUACACUUUAGAUAGGGAGUACAAGGUAUCUGUGCCUCUGAACAUGGGACCACUGACUAUAACUUGGUUCUUAGUUCAGUAAUCCUGCAUGUAUGAUGAUGGUUAGUACUUGUUAGUUUCAGUACAAACCAUUCAGCUGAAAGGAAAAAUGCACCAAGGCACUAACUAAGGUUUAUGAAUAACCAGGAGUGCCAGAAGGAAACUGGUUUGAAAAAUCUAGUUUUUGAUAUAAUCCAUUUAAUAUUUGACCCAUUCAAAUUUACUCCAUUCUCUUUUUUGGUUCCAAGGUAAUAUACACCCUUGGGCACCAGAUGAACCAGAGCUUAAAACUUCUCUGGUCUUUUUUAAAUUUUUGGUCAUAAAUUGAACCUUCUUUUCUUACCUAUUUGUCUGCCCCAUUUAUAUACAGCAUAGAAAGCGAGCAGAAAAAUCCGUUCAAAUAUCAUUUUUUGGGUAUUAUUAAACUGUCUUAUGGUAAUUCUCUCAGUUAUAUGAUUUGAAACUAUAUGCUGGCAUUUGGUUGGCUUUUGUGGCAAACAUUUGACUUCAUAUUCAUAUUAAAGAAAGUGAUAACUUUUCCCCCCAGUUCGUGUCAUACGAUCUCCUCACCCAUUUAACAUUCCAUGUGAGAUUUUUGAUAUUUUAUGUAUAGAGAAGAUAAGUGCAGAAUCAUAUUAUGUUUGAAUGAAAUUCUCUAUUCCAUAAAGAAUAAAUAAUGUAUGGUUGUGAUUGUAGUAAUUCAUGUGAUUUUGUUAUUGUUUGAAUCAAAGUCCACUUUUUGGAGAGGAAAAAUGAUGUAUGACAAUGAUUAUAGUUGAUUAUAUUUUAUUAUUGCAAACUUUUCAUUUUUUUAAAAUAAAUGUGAUGUAAGUGA